ACUGGAGAGCUCGGGGCCCCGGGGCCCUCGCUCCGCUGGUGCUAGUCCCCCGCCUUCUUUCCAGGCUGGGAAAUCAGGAUGCUGGAGGCCUAGACAGGCACGCCUCUAACUGGUCAGGUCUAGGAAACGACUCGGACUUUGGAGGCAUUCCGGCCCCUGUUCCCCUUGCCAGGAGCCGCCAAUCCUGUCAUUUCCAUGGAAUACUUUGAGAAACGGUUGAGACGAGGAAGUGCAGAGACAUGGUUUCAAUCGGUUAAAGCGAUUAGAGCUGGAGUUCUAACUAGUCUACAGUUUGAGGAGAGUGGGUGACAAUUUGAAACGCCUAGAAGUGAAAAGAGUGCAUUACGCUGCAGCGCACGCCCCUACGCAAGGCCAUUUUAGUAAAAUGCUAGAACAACUUUAGCUCCAGCUGUUAUUGCUGUGAAUCUCGGUCGGUUCUUAAAAACUAAAAGGGGUGUGACUAGCCUCUCGGCCAAUCAGCAUUGAUCUCAUUUGCAUAGGACCGAGACACGUUCAGAAACUGUACAAAUGAAUGAUAUAAAUAAUUCCUUACAAUACUGUUCUACUCUUGGAAAGUUAGAGUGUACCUCAUUGUUUACUCAUUAAUAGGGAUUAGAAAACUCCGGUCUGAGCUCACCCUCACCAAUAGUGGCGUCAGUGGAUCCCAUGUUCCCUCCAGCCAAUAAUCGGUAGUGUUACAGCUCUUUUAGAAUUUGUCUAGUAGGUUUUCCAGUAUUUUCUGGAGAACCCCCCACAAGGCUAGUAUGUAACAGUAGAAGUGUUUCGGUAUCGUUGACGUGGCACCCGUGGGUUUGUGUAGCAGGAAGAGCGGGACUUCACGCGGUAGUUUCUGCUCCGUGGAAUGAGAAUGCGGCUUUGGCUAUGGCGUGAAGCUUCCGGCUCCGGCUGAUGCUGCUUCCCUUCCCCUCCCGGAGUCCGGAGUGUCGCCGGAGACAGCCCGUUCCUCCUGAGCAUUUCCUGGGUUCUGCUGCACGUGCAGCUUUGUUGUCCUAUGGCGUCCGCCUCUGCCCAACCUGCGGCCCUAAGCGCCGAGCAGGCCAAGGUGGUCCUGGCCGAGGUGAUUCAGGCGUUCGCCGCCCCGGAGAACGCGGUGCGCAUGGACGAGGCCCGGGACAACGCAUGCAACGACAUGGGCAAGAUGCUGCAAUUCGUGCUUCCCGUGGCCACGCAGAUUCAGCAGGAGGUUAUCAAAGCCUAUGGCUUCAGCUGCGACGGGGAAGGUGUCCUUAAGUUUGCCCGAUUGGUCAAGUCUUAUGAAGCCCAGGAUCCCGAGAUUGCUAGCCUGUCGGGCAAGCUGAAGGCACUGUUCCUGCCGCCCACGACGCUGCCACCCCACGGGCCUGCUUCAGGUGGCAGUGUGGCCGCCUCCUGAGGGUUGGCUCUGCCACUGUGACACUGCCCAGGGAGGGAGGCCCUCGGUGUUCUAGAGGAUAAUAAAUGAGCCUGUGACACAG